AUGCACCUCCUAGAGAUCGACAGCCAGGGCGAGAUCAGGCUGACUGAGGACCUCCACGAUGGCAUCCCCCCCUACGCGAUCCUCUCCCAUACUUGGGGAGACGAUAAGGACGAGGUCAAGUUCGACGACCUUAAACACGAAUCAUGGAAGCGUAAAGCUGGCUAUACAAAGAUUCUUUUCUGUGCCAAACAAGCCAAAAAGGAUAACCUCAAAUACUUCUGGGUGGACACGUGCUGCAUCAAUCAAGCGAAUUUCACCGCAUACUCCGAGGCGAUCAAUUCAAUGUUUCGCUGGUACCGCGAUGCAGCGAAGUGCUAUGUCUACCUGCCCGACGUGUCAGUCCGCGAGGGAGAUGAAAACCACAUAAAACGGACGUGGAAGCCGGCUUUCCGAAAGAGUAGAUGGUUCACCCGUGGCUGGACACUUCAAGAGCUGCUAGCGCCAGCCUCGGUUGAAUUCUUUUCGCAGGAAGAAGAGCGCCUGGGUAACAAGGAGACACUCGAACAGCAAAUCCACGAGGUCACAGGUAUUCCGAUUGCGGCGCUCCGUGGCGCGUCUUUGUCGCAAUAUAGUGUAGAAGAACGCUUGCAAUGGGCAGCUAAUCGGAACACCACCAAGAAGGAGGACAAGGCAUAUUGUCUACUUGGGAUCUUUGAUGUCUUCAUGCCUUUGAUAUAUGGGGAAGGGGGAAAGAAUGCACUUGACCGACUUCGGAUGGAAAUCGACAAGUCAGGGAGUAAACCCUUCACUCAAACCCCCGCGGCCACAUCCGCGCCUGUACAAUGCGACUCCCUUCCCUCAUCGACCGAAGGUAAUGUCGUUAACGAUCCAAGAAGAGGAAGCAUGACGGCCGAUGAGCAGGGAAAAUAUCAACGACUUCUUAGAUCGUUAACAUUUGAGCGCAUGGAUUCUCGUCUUCUGAAUAUCACCAAUGCUUUGCCGCAGACAUGUAGGUGGAUAUUCGACGAAGAGAAAUUCAAAACGUGGAUUACACGAAACGAGGUCGAAGACAACCAUGGCUUCCUCUGGAUCAAGGGGAAGCCUGGUUCAGGCAAAUCGACAAUAAUGAAGGAGGCUCUCAAAAUGGUCAAACGAGAACAGCCCAGAGAUAUUAUCAUCUCUUACUUCUUCAACGCACGAGCCCCGGGCAUCUUAGAGAAGUCAAGUGUUGGAAUGUAUCGCACGCUGGUACAUCAGAUACUUCAGGCGCGGCCUCAGUCAAGAGGACUUUUCUCCCAAAUGUUUGCUAUGAAGGACCGGGAAGGUUCGGUUGACGACUGGACACCUACAGAGCUGCAAGGAUUCCUAACAGAUGUUGUGGAGAGCCUGGGAGACCGCACACUCGACGUGUUCAUCGAUGCUUUGGACGAGGGCGACGAGAACGACGUACGUCAGCUGGUUGCUUUCCUUGAAGAGCUAAGUCACAGGGCAGUUGCAUGCUCUACGUCCCUGAGGAUAUGUCUCUCCAGUCGUCACUAUCCACACAUCAGCAUCCGGAAGGGUCUUCAUCUUGUCGUGGAGCGCCAAGAUGGACAGAGAGAUGAUAUUGACAGGUACGUUCGACUUAGACUCCACGGCGAUGAAAGCCAUGGGACAAACAGACUCAGAGAGCAAGUGUGCCAAAAGUCAUCACGCGUGUUCCUCUGGGUCGUACUGGUCAUACCAAUGCUCAAUGAACUAUACGACCAUGGUCUGGUUGCAGCCAUGGAGGCCCGUCUCAAGGAGCUCCCCGAGACUCUGGAUGGUCUCUUCGCGGAGAUUCUGGCAAGGAAUGCCGAAGGCAUCGACUCAUCUGUCUUGCUUUUGCAAUGGGUUCUUUUCUCGAUGCGGCCACUCAGCCCGGUCGAGCUAUACCAUGGAAUUCAAUUGGCAUUGGCAUCUUCGCCCAUUGAAGGUGCCACGUCGAUGACUAAAGAAACAAUGGACCGCUACCUGCUCAAUUGCUCCCGGGGACUCAUUGAAGUCACUAGGACCCGGCGACCUGUGGUACAGUUUGUACAUGAGGCAGUUCGAGAUUUCCUCAUUGGGGAGAAUGGCCUCAAACAAAUCGACACCCGUCUGGCUGGAAAUGUCAAGGGCAUCAGCCAUGAGCAACUCCACACGGCCUGUUUGCGGUAUUUCGACCAAUGUCUGCCAUUGAAUCCAGACUACCGGGGCGAGUCCGUUCCCAAAUGGGGCCAGCCACUGGAUCUUCAGCAGAAGUUCCCUUUCUCGGAAUACGCCGUUACCUGUAUGUUCCCGCACGCCGACGUUGCAGAGUCUAGCGGAAUCCCACACCGGGCUUUUCUGAGGCGGUUUCAAAGCAAAGAUUCUCACGACCUUUUGAAGUGGAUCCAGUUCCGCAAAAGUUUUCAGCCUCGCAAAGUCUACGAAUAUGCCAUAGACGUGCAUUUACUCUACAUUUUGGCCGAGCGAAACCUGGCCAAUCUGGCAAAUGUGUUGAUUGACGACGGAGUUGACGCCAACGCUCGUGGGGGACUUUACGGGAACGCAUUGCAAGCAGCCUGCGUAAAAUACCAUGAACAGAUGGCAAAACUUCUUGUUAAAAGUGGCGCGAGCAUCAAUGCUCCGGGUGGCCAUUAUGGUAAUGCACUACAAGCGGCAGUAGCGCGCAGUCACGAGCCAUUAGCUCAACUACUCAUUGAGAACGGAGCAGAUGUCAAUGCUCAGGGUGGCGUUUAUGGUAAUGCACUACAGGCGGCAGUAGCGCGCAGUCACGAGCCAUUAGCUCAAUUACUCAUUGAAAAGGGAGCAGACGUCAAUGCUCAGGGUGGCCUUUUUGGCAGUGCACUACAGGCGGCAGUAGCGCGCAGUCACGAGCCAUUAACUCAACUACUCAUUGAGAAGGGAGUAUACGUCAAUGCUCCGGGUGGCCUUUAUGGUAAUGCACUACAGGCGGCAUUAGAGCGCGGUCACGAGCGGUUAGCUCAAUUACUGAUUGAGAAGGGAGCAGAUGUCAAUGCUCAGGGUGGCCAUUUUGGCAGUGCACUACAGGCAGCAGCAGCAAGAUGUGGCACUAGUAUAGUCCGACUACUGGUUGAGAACGGAGCUGUUGGGCGUUCUACCGGCAAUGGACGACAAGUGGCGUGA